CGAGCACGAACCAGCGGUACUGCCAGCCUUUCAUCACGUUGGUCCAUUUACUCAGCGGGCCCUCCAUGAUGGACGCCAUCUUGGGAGCCGAAUGCUGCCAAAAACUUAUUUUGAAUUCAAAAAUGGAAUCCAUCCUAGAAAUGGUAACAUUUCUCUUUGGAGAACUGUUUCAUUGCGAUGAGCAGUAUAUUUCUGAAAACAAGAUCAUUUUACUUCUUCAUAUCUCCCAACCAUUCAGUUAUGACCUUCUUCUCACUCUCCCAAUUACCCCAAUUAUAUAUAUUUUUUGUUCUGAUUCUCAUAGGAGUUCCUUACAAUUCAUUCAAUAGCUUAUUGUUCAACACAAAUGAAUGGCAGAAACGGUGGGUUCAAUCUAGACACAGAACUGAUUAUGGCAAAUUUCGGAUAGGAUCAGGAAGAUUUUAUGGAGAUAGAGAAAAAGAUAGAGGUCUGCAGGCAACUCAAGACACUAAGUAUUAUGCAGUGUCAGCAAGGUUUCGUCCCUUUAACAAUGAAGGCCAGACCUUAGUGCUUCAGUACACAGUAAAAUAUGACCAACAAGUUGAUUGUGGUGGUGCCUACAUUAAACUUUAUUCUGCAGACUUAAAUCAAGAGACUAUGAAUGAAGAUUCAAAGUACUAUAUUAUGUUUGGUCCCGAUAUAUGUGGAGAAUACAAAAAAAUAGUGCAGGUUAUCUUCAACUAUAAAGAUGAGUACUACUUGAUUAAAAAAAACAUCACAUGUGAGACCGACGACUUUACCCAUCUCUACACUCUAAUAGUACGUCCAGAUUUAACAUAUGAAGUGAAGAUUGAUAAUUAUGUGACUGAGGCUGGCAACCUAGAAGAUGACUGGGAUUUCUUGCUUCCAAAGAAGAUAAUAGAUCCUGAUAUGCCAAGACCUGAUGACUGGGAUGAAAGGGAAACUAUUGAAGAUCCCCUGGACAAGAAACCAGAUGAUUGGGACCAGCCAGAAAGAAUUGCUGACCCAGAUGUGACGAAGCCAGAUGACUGGGAUGAAGACAUGGAUGGGGAGUGGGCAGCACCAUUGAUUCCAAACCCUGCAUAUAAAGGCAUUUGGAAACCUCGUAUAAUUAAGAACCCCAAAUAUAGUGGCAUAUGGGUCCAGCCAGAAGUUGACAACCCAGAAUAUGUACCAGAUCCUAAUCUUUACAAAUAUUUUAACAUUAGCGUCGUUGGCUUAGAAAUUUUACAGGGAAAGUCUGGUACGAUCUUUGAUAAUUUUCUUAUCACAAAUGAUGAAAAGUACGCUGAAGAUGCUGGAAAUGAAAUGUGGGGUGUUACAUAUGAGAGAGAAUGGAAGAGAAGAGAGAGACGAGAUGUAGUGUAUAAUAAAAUUAAUGAAAAGGAAGAAACAAAGGGAAAGGAAAGCAAGAAAGAAAAGAAGGGGAAAGGUGUCAACGUUAAAGAUGAGCUCUAAUCAACCAAAACCUAUUGCAUAAUUACUGUUACUCAGUAUGUUCAUCAGCUGUUCUUCACUUUGCGAUUGAAAUUUUUCAACUUCUAAAUAUUGUACUUAUUUUCUAAAUAUAUGGUACUGAAACUCUAAAAUACAGUGGCAAUAAAAACUCGUGACAAGUCAUUUUUAUACUAAUAGGUAGGUAGGAAGGAAUGGAAGAAGUAAUGCUUAGAUCUCUUACCCUAUCUGUUGUACAUGUCUACUCAGAAACAUCCCCUUGAGUUCAAUGGGGGUUACUCCUAGGUAAAUGGAUAUAGGAUUGCAGCCCUUUUGUGUUCUGGGAAGGCUAUCAGCAUCUGCUGUAGACACAGAAACCGCAUAGAUGGCAAUAAGUUGUGCAACGCAGGGAUGUAGAAAAUACCAUAAAACCACAGGCUCAAUUCAGAAGUCACAUUCCAUGCUAUUGAAACUAGGUGUGGAUUGAAACAGCCACCUCAAUUCACCACCCCUUUUGCAAGGGGAAAAUUGAGGAUGGCUGUUUUGAGGGCCACAUUUCAACUUCUAAAAUGGUUUGCAGGGUGGAAGGAUUACCAUGGGGACUGCUUAACUUUUUUUACUUUCUUUUAUCCUUCCCCCCCACCAAAAAAAACCCCUUAAGUAGAGAAAGGAAGAAAAGAAGCCCCCUCCCAUAUCAGUCUGCCACCACUUUUAAGAUCUACAACUGAGGUCCUUCUCACAUCCCUGACAGUAAGAAUAAUGAGGUUGGCAGAUAAGAGAUUUUCAGUGGUGGCCCCACAGUUGUGAAGUACAUUUCCAGCUGGGGUCCAGCAGGUCCCAUUGGUACAGGCAUUUAGAAAUAUCUUAAAGACCUAUUUGUUUACCAUGACCUUUUUAUAAGAGUUUUUUUUUAACUGCUGCUGAUUGGUUUGUAUUUGAUUUUUGUUGUAUUUCUAUUGGUUUUUAGUAGCUUGGGAUGGAAGCUUUAUUUUUGUUUUUGCUUUAAUACUGUCUUAUAAAUGUAUUGUUAUGUUGAAGUUUAUUAUCAAAUGUUUUUGGUGGAAGUUGUCUAGAGAGGUUUUACCUGUAAAGGUAACAAAAUGUUGAAAUAAAUAAAUACAUUUUUAAAAACAACAA